GUUCCACUGUUCCCAGUUCCUUCUCAUAAUAACACUUACUAUGCAUUGUUUAACAAGUAGCACUGAAGUUGCAGGUAGCUAGGUAGGACCAACCAAACAAACCCAAAGGGAUAUAUACUAACGUACGCCACAGGGACCGUUAGCUGUGCGGCGCCAAUAUUCCACAGCCACUGAUCCUACUCUUUGUCUCUCUCAAAAAUGGAUAAUGGGUGUUUCUCUUCCCCUCGACGUGAUUUCCCUGCUGGUCUGCGAGUUCUUGUUGUGGAUGAUGAUCCUACGUGGCUCAAGAUCCUUGAGAAGAUGCUCAAGAAGUGCAAUUAUGAAGUGACUACAUGCUGUUUAGCAAGGCAUGCUCUAAACUUGCUUCGUGAAAGGAAGGAUGGAUAUGAUAUAGUGAUCAGCGAUGUAAACAUGCCUGACAUGGAUGGUUUUAAACUUCUUGAGCAUGUUGGGCUUGAGAUGGAUCUUCCUGUGAUUAUGAUGUCUGUGGAUGGGGAAACAAGCAGGGUCAUGAAAGGUGUUCAACAUGGAGCAUGUGAUUAUCUCCUUAAGCCUAUAAGGAUGAAAGAACUGCGAAAUAUAUGGCAGCAUGUCUUUAGAAAAAGGAUACACGAGGCAAAAGAGUUUGAAAGCUUUGAGAGUUUUGAGAGCAUGAUGAGAAAUGGAUCAGAGCUAUCAGAUGAGGGGAACUUGUUUGCUGUAGAAGAUGUGACCUCAACAAAGAAAAGAAAAGAUGCAGAUAACAAACACGAUGACAAAGAAUGUAUGGAUCCAUCAUCUACCAAGAAAGCUAGAGUAGUAUGGUCUGUAGAUCUUCAUCAGAAGUUUGUUAAAGCUGUGAAUCAGAUUGGAUUUGAUAAAGUUGGGCCGAAGAAAAUACUGGAUCUGAUGAAUGUUCCAUGGCUGACUAGAGAGAAUGUUGCCAGCCAUUUGCAGAAAUACCGGCUUUAUUUGAUUAGGAUUCAGAAAGAAAACGAUCGAAGAUCUUCCUCGAGUGGUAUGAAGCAUUCAGAUUUUCCUUCAAAAGAUCUGGGAAGUUUUGGAUUUCAAAACCCAGUAAACAAGCAACAGAAUGAUGUUUCAACUGACAGCUACAAUUAUUCGGAUGGAUCAUUACAGCUUCCGACCGUGGAAAAUAAAAGUCAUGAAGGUGAUAAGGGAUCUGUUUCACAGUUCACCAUAGCAAAAAAAGGAAGGCCUUUGACUGGUAACGUUUCCGAUUCAAAUAUGAGAGAGAGUUCAAGAGUUGGCCUCAAUCAAACUUUUGCCCAGUCAGAAGGAAACCAUGCAGUGUUUGAUUGCUCCAUGCCAACACAGUACUCUUGGACUGAAGUUCCACCCAUGCAACUCAAAGAAGAACACAAGUCACUUGUUCAUUUGAAAGAUAGCUUCAAUCAGAUGCCAUUACACGGUAAGCAGCAUCACAUCCAAGUUGAUCAAUCACAGUCAGUUGCUUCAAUUAGUUCAGCUCCCUCUAUAACGGAGGAAGAGGUUCCUGCUUGUAUAGAAGCAAAACCUUUGUUUUCAGAUUUCAAGAAUGAUCAAUCCAGUUCUGUGAAUUCAAUAGGGAAUGCAGUUGACACCUUUCCAAUUCAACCAGGAAGUCUUGUUAUGAAUGCUCAAUCUUUAGAACCCAUUUCAACUACAAAUUCAGGAUUGAAAACACAUGGAUAUAAUAACCUCAGUUGCAUUUCUGAUCUGGAAAUUUACCAAAGAAACCUUCUUUUGGGAGGCGAGGCAGCUUCUGCACCUUUGGAUGAGGACUUGCAUUUCCAGUGGCUACAAGGUGAAUGUUAUAAUAUGAACUUUGGUCUGCAGAAUAUAGGAAUGCCAGAAUAUUAUGAUCCAGGACUUAUACCAGAAGCUCCAAUUCACUUAUAUGAUUCAGGCGAUUACUCGGUUAUAGAUCAAGGUCUGUUCAUAGCAUGAACUGCUUUGCCUUUCCUCCUGCAUCUUCAACAAAAAUCAAAAUGCAAUCAUGAAAGGACAAUUUAUGUUUCUUGUAGCUAACUACGUCUUUGUUGAAGAAUUUCAAUCUCAACGGUUGGGGUAUUCUUUUUCCGAUCAUAGAGGAUUUGGAUAUAUUGCAGUAUGUAUAAAAACGAAUGCUGACAAGUAUUGAGGUUACUUAAUAAGCUUGCUUCCACC